AUGGGUGGGGGUGGUAGUGGUGGUGGCGAUGGUAGGUGGUGGUUGCAGGGGGUGGUAGUAAUGGUUGAUGUUUGUGGUGGUGGAGGUAGGCGGUGGCGACGACAUUGGGGUGGUAGUGGUGGUGGUGGUGGCGAUGGUAGGUGGUGGUUGCAGGUGGUGGUGGUGGUAGUAAUGGUUGGUGUUUGUGGUGGUGGUGGUGGAGUGGUUGGUGGUGGAGACUGUAGUUGUGGUGGUGGCGGUAGUGGUAACGAUGGUGGUGGCGAUGGUGGUAGCAGUAGUGGUGGUGAUGGUGGUAGCGGUGACAAGUGGUGGCGGUGGAUGGUGGUAGUGACGGCAGGUGAUUGUGGUGUUUGUUAA